AUGUCGGCCGAACUUCGUCGGAAGCUAGUCAUCGUCGGCGAUGGCGCCUGCGGAAAGACGUGUCUUUUGAUUGUGUUCUCCAAGGGAACUUUCCCCGAGGUUUAUGUCCCUACUGUCUUUGAGAACUACGUUGCCGAUGUCGAGGUGGACGGCAGACAGGUCGAGCUUGCGCUAUGGGAUACGGCCGGUCAGGAGGAUUACGACCGUCUUCGGCCUCUGUCCUACCCGGACUCCCACGUUGUCCUGAUUUGCUUUGCCAUCGAUUCCCCCGACUCGCUCGACAAUGUGGAAGAGAAGUGGUACGCUGAAGUGCAGCACUUCUGCCGUGACGUGCCGAUAAUCCUUGUCGGAUGCAAGAUGGAUCUGCGUUACGACCCCAAGACUGUCGAGGAGCUCCGCAAAAUCAACCAGGCCCCCGUUACGCCCGAAAGGGGACAGAAGAUCUCGGACAAGAUUGGCGCCCACAAGUAUCUCGAGUGCUCGGCCAAGACCAACACCAACGUCCGUGAUGUCUUUGAGCAUGCCACACGGGCCGCGCUUUGCAAGAAGACCAAGUCCAAAAAGGGUUGCAAGGUCUUCUAA